AUGGAAUCUUUCAUAAGCUCGUAUGUAAGUCCUGUCCAAACACCUUUCUUUUCCAACUUAGAAGAAGUUCAUUCUUCCGUGAGAGAUAGCUUCUACAUUGAUUUUCAAUACACACAAGUAAUUUUACCUUUCAAUCACAAUGCCGCAACAACUACAACUUGGGAAGAACUCUUAAUUCCUUUUGAAAUUUUAUGUAACUGUGAUGAAUUCACAGUCAAGGAGAGAGAUCCUAACAUUGCCUCCAUGUAUGCUCUCUUCUAUAUGGUGCCUAUUGAUGUAUUAGAUGUGGUUCUUCCUCAAAUUGGAAAAUGUGCUAGAGAAAUGGUAGCCAGCAACAAUGAAGGACGUGAAAUACUAGAAAUGGAUGUGUCCCUUCAUGUUACAACAAUAGAGAUGGCGGAAGAAGAAGAAGAUAUGGAAAAUCAAACAAAUUAUGAAUUUGUUAGAAUUAUUAGUAAUUGA